AUGGGCCGGCGGAAGAAGAACAACAGUAAGGCCAAGGCCAAGAAGCUUGCGCGGAAGGCCGAGGUGGCGCAGACGGCGCAAUGGACGGCGGCUGUGCGGCGGGCGGCGGCCGCGGAAGACAUCUUUGCCCUGAUGCCGGCAUUCCGCAAGUACCAGACACCAGAUGGGCGCGAGAUCGAGCUCACGUUCCACGAUGUGAGCGAGAUGGACAGCGAUGAGGUCGGAUGGGCGUUUGGCCUGCUCAAAGCCAACAUGGAGGCCAUGUAUGUAGAGUCGGGCUGGGGCUGGGACGACGACCAGAAGCUCAGCGAGAUGACGGCCGAGGGGAUGAAGUACGUCAUUGCCACCGACGUUGGCUCGGGCGAACGGCUUGGCUACGCCGAGUUUAUGUACACCAUUGAGAAGCCGCUCGGCGUGGCGCUCUACGUCUACGAGAUCCAGCUUGCGCCCGACGCCCGCCGGGCCGGACUCGGCCGCCGACUGAUGCAAGUCAUGGAGUUGGCUGCUGCCAUGCUCUCGGUCCCCAACGUCCUGCUCACUGUCUUUACCGCCAACGUUGACGCCCUCGCCUUUUACACCGCCCUCAAGUACCAGCCCAACACCGAGGUUGAGGGCGCGGCACCGACCUGGAACGAGCAUCUGCAGAUCCACGAGGAUCCGGCCUGGCACCUCAAGAUUCUGCAAGCUCUGCUGCUGGUGCGAGCUCUGCUUGCUCUAAGGCCGCAGUAUCCGCAGAGUUCCAAAUGA